CUGAGAGGUUUGUCCCGGUGGCUUUCAGCCUUUUGAUUUGCUAGGGCAAACUAGCUGGGCGGGGCCGCAGCCAUAAAAGCAGAGUUCAGGCGCCGAGGACCUGUUGCUCGGACUGGCUCGGCACGAUGUGGCUCACGCUGGUGUUGCUGGCCGUCCUCCUGCUGGCUGGACUCCGCAAAGUUUAUCUGGGACUGUUCGGCGGGCGCUCCCCGAACCCCUUCUCCGAGGACGUCAAGCGGCCACCAGCUCCCCUCGUAACCGACAAGGAGGCCAGGAAGAAGGUUCUCAAACAAGCUUUCUCAGUCAGCCAGGUGCCAGAGAAGCUCGAUGUGGUGGUGAUUGGCAGUGGUAUCGGAGGCCUGGCUGCAGCAGCGAUUCUGGCCAAAGCUGGCAAGCGAGUCCUCGUGCUGGAACAACAUAACAAGGCAGGAGGCUGUUGUCACACCUUUGGAAAAAAUGGCCUUGAAUUUGACACAGGAAUCCAUUAUAUUGGGCGCAUGGAGGAGGGCAACCUUGGCCGGUUUAUCCUGGACCAGAUCACAGAAGGGCAGUUGGACUGGGCUCCGCUCUGCUCCCCUUUUGAUGUGGUGGUGUUUGAAGGGCCUGAUGGCCGGAAGGAGUUUCCCAUGUACAGUGGGAAGAAAGCGUACAUUCAAGGCCUGAAGGAGAAGUUUCCCCGGGAAGAAGCUGUUAUUGACAAGUACAUGCAGCUGGUCACGGUGGUAGCCCAGGGAGCCACUCAAGCCAUCAUCCUGAAGUUCAUCCCGCUGUCUGUGGUUCGGCUCUUGGGCAAGUGUGGGCUGCUGACUCGCUUCUCUCCGUUCCUUCGUGCAUCCACACAAAGCCUGGAUGAGGUCCUGCGGCAGCUGGGGGCCUCUGCUGAGCUCCAGGCUGUGCUCAGCUACAUUUUCCCCACUUAUGGGGUGACCCCCAGCCACACCACCUUUGCCAUGCACGCCCUGCUGGUUGACCACUACAUCCAAGGCGCCUAUUACCCCCGAGGGGGUUCCAGCGAGAUUGCCUUCCACACGAUCCCUGUGAUUCAGCGGGCUGGGGGCGCAGUCCUCACAAAGGCCACUGUGCAGAGUGUGCUGCUGGACUCUGCUGGCAAAGCCUGUGGUGUCAGUGUGAAGAAGGGCCACGAGCUGGUGAACAUCUACUGCCCUGUGGUGGUCUCCAGCGCAGGACUGUUCAACACCUAUGAGCACUUGCUGCCCGAGAGUGCCCGCUGCUUGCCAGGUGUGAAGCAGCAGCUGGGGAUGGUGCGGCCCGGUCUGGGGAUGUUCACUGUUUUCAUCUGCCUGCGCGGCACCAAGGAGGACUUGGGUCUGCAGUCCACCAACUACUAUGUGUACUUCGAUACGGACAUGGACAAAGCGAUGGAGCGCUACAUCUCCAUGCCCAGGGAGAAGGCCAUGGAACACAUUCCCCUUCUCUUCAUUGCCUCUUCGUCCACCAAAGACCCAACUUGGCAGGACCGCUUCCCAGAUCGGUCCACGAUGAUCGUGCUGUUGCCCAUGAACUUUGAGUGGUUUGAAGAGUGGCAGGAGGAGCCAAAAGGAAAGCGGGGAGUUGACUAUGAGACACUCAAAAAUUCCUUUAUCGAAGCCUCCAUGUCAGUGGUCAUGAAACUGUUCCCACAGCUGGAGGGGAAGGUAGAGGAUGUGUGUGGAGGGUCCCCACUGACCAACCAGUUCUAUCUGGCUGCUCCCCGAGGUGCCACCUAUGGGGCUGACCAUGACAUGAGCCGCCUCCAUCCCCGUGUGAUGGCCUCGAUGAGGGCCCAGACCCCCAUCCCCAACCUCUUCCUGUCAGGCCAGGACAUCUUCACCUGUGGGCUGCUUGGUGCCCUGCAAGGGGCCUUGCUCUGCAGCAGUGCCAUCCUGAAGCAGAACCUGUACUCGGACCUCAAGGAUCUUGGCUCAAGGGUCCAGAUGCAGAAGAAGCAGCAGUAGUUUGGCGAGGGAUGAGUCAGAGGAAUUGGUACCACCUGACUCGGCAUACUGUUCUUCUACAUAAGAUCUACACAAAAAAAGCACUCAUUCUUUUUUUGGUCUUUUUGAGACGGGUUUUGCUAUGUAGUUCAGGCUGGCCUUGAACUCACAGCAAUCCUCCUGCCUCAGCCUCCCGAGUGCUGAUAUUACAGGCGGGGGACCGCCACACCAGACUUCGGGUUUGUCUUUGAUGUAGGCUUAGUAGCAGUGUUCACCUGUAGCUCAUGCAGCUGGCACAGGUGAUGAUCUUUGUACCUUUUACAACAGUGUUCUGACUACUGCUCUGCACACCCGAGAUGGCUUGUGAGAAGCACUCUCUGGCUCCCUCCCGCAUACCGCCCAGCUCUGGACAAUCAAAGUACAGAUUCUAGGGGCCAGUGUAUAGAACCUUGGAAAGUGCUGGUCCAUAGAAGCAGGUUGGUCCAGUCCUGCCGUGGGGAGUCCUCUUGUUCAGUCUCAGUGCCACAGUGGAUGCUACAUCAUCAUAUGAGUGGGUGGCACCCGGCUCUCAGUGUGCAUAUGCCAAGACACCCCCAGCCCUGUGCUCUGGGUCACUCAGGGAAGUGUGGCGUUAGUGGUGAGGACGGACUGAUACAACUUGGCUGGGACAGAGUGGCCUGAAGGAGCACUCUAAACUGAGAGCAUAGCCGCAGUGACAGUGUCAGGACACCAGCCCAGGUGUUCCCCACGUGGUCAGGAGGAGGGCUACCGUGAAGUCAGAACCAGAACACAGCCACCUGUGCAUGGCAUCUGCCAUUUGCUGGUACGCAAUUUAACCAUCCCUUUUCCAAAGUGCUUAGGAUUGGAAUUUCUGAUUCAAGUUUUGGAAUAUUUGUACAUACAUAAUAUCCUGGGCACAGGACCCAGGUCCAAACACAUAAUUCACUUGGUUUCAUAUAAUAAACUUACCAAGAGUAACUUUAAGUAGUAAUCAGCCAGCCAGGGUAGCAGCAUACCUGCAAUCCUAAUAUUUGGAAAGCUAAGGCAAGAGAAUCACUGUGAGUUUGAGGCUAACCUUGACUAUAUAGUGAGACCUUGUCUUAAAAAAAAGAGAAAAACAUCAUGUUGCCAUUCAGACAGCUGUAGAUUUUAGAGCAUUUUCAAUUUGAGAAUAGGGAUGUUCAACCAGUGUGAAAGAAGGAUGGGAAGGUGAGAUAAAGGCUAGAAGUAAAGAAAAACAGUGGCCUUAUUUAGCCUUAUUUUAUAUACCACUAAUUUACAUAGCACUAAUUUAAUAAAUUUCAUUGCUUUGAUAAUCUGAAAUUUAUUUUGAUUUCUGUUCAAGAACACAAAACUACAGUGACAUAGCAUUUACAGAAGCGCAGUAAAACAUCACAUACUGAAAAUUACUUAUCAUUAGACCACAAUGAGCUUUAAAAAUAUAAUUAAUUUACAAAAAGCUGAAAAUAUAAAACAAUGCUAAAUAGUGGCAAUCUACUAAUCAAACAAACGGAAAUAAUUUCAACAAUCAAAUGUUCACAAAACAUGGUCUCAUGAAUAAAAAAUCUAUCAAGAGUAUAAGGAGGUUGGCUGUGCUGGCAGUUUCUACACUCUACAGCUUAGAGCUGAACCCUUUACAGACAAGUUUCUAAACUGGAAUAUUUUAGGAAACUCACAUCUCAUUUGUGGUUCUAGCUACAAAGUGGCUGAAAGUCACGCUUGGCUGUGGGUGUACAGUUAAUAUUAACUCUCAAAAAAUUGCUUCCCAGCAUCCUUAAGCAAGGCAAGGCCAAACUCGCCCUUCCUAGCAAGGGUUCUCAAGAGCCAGCCUGGUGGAACCACUGGCCUGUUGUACAGCACACCAUCUUCCAUGUUCAAACAAUUCCAAACAUGUGUAAAGUGCUCA